AUGGCCGAUGAAGCAAUUGCCCAAAGGGCAUAUAUCAGGGAAAUUUCUGGUGCCAUACCGGAAUUCAAUGGUCAAAAACUCCAUCUCCAACGAUUCAUAACGGCCCUGAAGGUUCAAAAUGAGACUACAAUAACCGACAUAAUCAAAAAACUGCAGGACACAAUAGUCGGUGAAACAUCCGACGUAAUAAAGGCCAAAAUGGCCAAGACUGUCCAGAAAGGCAAAACUGCCGAGAAGUUUACAACAGAUAUCGACAAUUUACGGAAGCUCCUAGAAGCUUCAUAUAUAGAUGAAGGACUUUCAGCUGAACAUGCUGAUAAGUUCAGUACAAAGGAAGCCAUCGCCGCGAUGGUCAAAAAUUGCGAGCAUGGCCGUCUUAAGACAAUAUUGGAAGCUGGCAACUUCACGAACAUGAAUGAAGCCGUCACAAAGUAUAUACAAUGUAGUACUGAAAUGACGGGUAACGCCAACACAAUAUUAUAUGCGCAAAGAGGUAACUAUCGCGGUAAUAGUUACAAAAAUAAUUAUCGCGGUAGGGGUAAUGGCCGAGGUAAUUACCGAAACAAUGGCCACUACCAACAUUACCAAAACAACCAGAAUAAUCAAAAUAACCAAAACAACUGUUAUAAUCGAAAUAACAACAACAAUAACAAUAACUAUAGAGGAAACAACCGUGGCGGAAACAACCGCAACGGAAACAACAACGGAUCAAACCGUAAUAAUCAGAACAAUGUCCGAUUGGCCCAAACCAACUCGGAAAACCAACAAAACCCUUCAGAUAUUUAG